GGAAGGAAAUUUUGGCUAUAAAUUGACAGCAGCACCCUUUGGCUGAUAGAUGCUCAUUCAUAAUCAUACCAAUGGCAGACCUUUCUUGCAUUCAUCUUUUCUUUCUUUGUUGUCUAUUUCUAAAAUUUAUACCUCAAGGCAACGCCAGCAUGUUUCACACUGCAUUCUGUGAUAACAAGGAAGGGAACUACACAGCGAAUAGCACCUACAACACCAACCUCAACACCCUUUUAUCAAGUCUCUCUUCCCACACAGAAAUUAACUAUGGUUUCUACAACUUCUCAUAUGGUCAAAACCCAGACAAAGUAAACGCAAUUGGGCUAUGCAGAGGAGAUGUUGAGCCACAUGAGUGCCGCAGUUGCCUCAAUGAUUCCAGAGUCACAAUUAAACAGUUUUGUCCAAACCAGAAAGAGGCACUUCUGUGGUUGAACACUAGCAAAUGCAUGUUGCGCUACUCACCCCGCUCGAUAUUUGGCAUCAUGGAAAUUGAACCUAGCCAAUCCUUGAUGAACAUAAACAAUGUAACGGAACCGGAUAAGUUCAGUCAAGCUCUCGCGAACUUAAUGAGAAACCUCAAAGGUGUAGCCGCAUCGGGUGACUCUCGUCGUAAGUAUGCCACGGAUAAUGUAACUGCUUCAAGUUUUCAGACCAUAUAUGGUAUGGCAGAGUGCACCCCUGACUUGUCUGAGAAAGACUGCAAUGACUGCUUGGAUGGGGCUAUCUCAAAAAUCCCAACCUGUUGUCAGGACAAGAUAGGUGGUAGAGUUCUUAGACCAAGUUGUAAUAUUAGAUUUGAAAGCGCAAGCUUCUACGAAAAUACGCCUAUUUUAAACCCAGAUGUACCACCACCAUCUCCAGCAGUAGCAAUUCCUCCCUCCAUCAAUAGCACUUCCCCAAAAGAAAGCAGCAACACAAUACGAAUUGUCAUUGCCAUAGUUGUUCCUACUGUUGUUGUUGUUCCCCUCAUUUGUCUCUGCAUAUAUUCAAGGAGGUCGAAGGCAAGAACUUCUUUAGUUAAACAACAUGAAGAUGAUGAUGAAAUUGAAAUUGCUCAGUCAUUGCAAUUCAACUUUGACACAAUAAGAGUUGCUACAGAAGACUUCUCUGAUUCUAAUAAACUUGGACAGGGUGGAUUUGGAGCAGUUUACAGGGGCAGGCUCUCCGAUGGACAGAUGAUUGCAGUCAAAAGAUUGUCAAGAGAAUCCAGCCAAGGAGAUACGGAAUUUAAGAAUGAAGUGCUUUUAGUGGCCAAGCUUCAGCACCGAAAUUUAGUUAGGCUACUUGGUUUCUGCUUGGAAGGAAGAGAAAGGCUACUCAUCUAUGAAUAUGUUCCCAAUAAAAGCCUUGAUUAUUUCAUAUUUGAUCCAACCAAGAAAGCACAAUUGAAUUGGGAAAUGCGAUACAAAAUCAUUACAGGUGUUGCGCGAGGCCUUCUCUACCUUCAUGAAGAUUCUCAUCUGCGUAUUAUACAUCGUGAUUUGAAAGCAAGUAACAUACUCUUAAACGAAGAGAUGAAUCCUAAGAUAGCAGAUUUUGGCAUGGCAAGACUGGUUUUAAUGGAUCAAACUCAAGCAAAUACAAAAAGAAUUGUUGGAACCUAUGGAUAUAUGGCACCUGAGUAUGCAAUGCAUGGACAAUUUUCAAUGAAAUCAGAUGUCUUUAGUUUUGGUGUACUGGUUCUUGAGAUCAUAAGCGGCCAUAAAAACAGUGGCAUUCGUCAUGGGGAGAAUGUAGAGGAUCUACUGAGCUUCGCAUGGAGAAACUGGAGGGAGGGGACAGCUGUAAAAAUUGUAGAUCCAUCAUUAAACAACAAUUCACGAAAUGAAAUGUUGAGAUGUAUCCAUAUCGGUUUGCUUUGUGUUCAAGAAAAUUUAGCUGACAGACCAACAAUGACGACCAUUAUGCUCAUGCUUAAUAGCUACUCUCUCAGUCUUCCAAUUCCUUCUAAACCUGCAUUUUAUGUGAGCAGUAGAACUGGAAGCAUUUCAGCCUCGCAGUCAUGGGGGUAUAGUUCAGGGGAAUCAAGAUCAAGAGAAUUAACAAUUAAAUCAGCUCAAGAAGCAGAAAAUGACUUUACUGAUCCAUACCCUCGCUAGAUUUUGCUCGUGGAAUUGAUAUUCAUUCACCAUCGAUGUCCUGGAGUUCAUGUAAUUUGUUCACCUAAUGUCUUUUUGUUUGAAUAAACCAAACUAUCUCUUUGUUUAAUAUUGAGACUGAAAACUGUCAUAUGACCUCCAGCUGGUCUUGAAGUGUAUACUAUCAUAUCACUAUUCUACACUAACGUAUUUCUUUUGCAUUGAUGUUAAAAAUCUAGUUUCCCGAAUUCCCCUUGCAUUGAGUCUUUGUAUACACAGGAUCAAAAUUCAAAACAACCA